AAUUAUAAACGUGAUUUAUCAAUGAAAUACAUUCAUUUUGAUUAAGCUUUAUUUUUAAAAUGAAACUAUUACAUGUUGUAAAAUAAUUAAUGGUAGUAAUGAUAAUAACAGUAUUACUAUUACUAUUAUUAUUAUUAUUAUUAUCAACCAAUUAAAUUCAUAUUAAACUGUCCAAUGUUUCUUAUAUAAACAUUGACCUCAUUUAGUUAACACAAUAAAUAGUAUAUUGUUUCAGACAACAACAACAACAACAACAAAUCUACGAUUUUGAAUAUACAUUCAGUAAAAUAAAAUAAAAAUAAAAAAUGUCAGAUGAACAAACCUCUGUUUGUAACGCUGAUGAAAUAGUGAAUUGUUCUAAUGAAAUAGAAAAAAACCAUAAUCAACAAUAUUCAAUAAAAGAUGAUUCUAUACAAUCAGAAGAAAUAAUAGUAAAUAAUAGUGAACUAGAUAAACAAGAAGGGAAUCAAAACGAAGUUGAUGUAAUUAAAGAAAAUGAUCAGUAUAAAAUAGAUGUUAGUUCAUCAAUGGAAAUGUUGAAAAUUCAAGAAAAUAAAGAAGAUGAAGAAGCACAAGCAGAAGGAGAAGAAGGAGAAAAAAAUACAAAAUUAAAAGAAAUUUCAGAUAAAGAAGAUGAUUCAGAAAAACCAUCAACUUUUGAAAAUAUCGAUAAAAAUUUAGAACAACCUGAAACAAUUGAGAAUUCAUCAGGCGAGAAAGACAAAGAACACAAGAAAAAAGUCAAUCUAGUCAAAUGGUUAAAGAAAAAUGUACAUAUUCAUUUACCGAAGCAUCACUCUUUUAAAAAGGAAAAGCCCGUUAUGGAAUAUAAGACUGAAUGUAUCAAUUCAAAUGAAGAAUCAAUGUCUGAUAAACAAAUUAAUCAUAAUUCAUCUGAAGAAGUAAAAACUAUAGAACAUACUGAGAAUGAGCAAAAUGUAACAACUGAAGAGGCACAUGAAACUACCGAAUUAUUACAAUCCACAACUGAGAAUACAACAGCAGAUAAUUCCUUAGUCACAUCUACAACAAUAAUCAAUGCACAAUUAUAAUCAACUUGUUUCUUUGUAUGUGUGUUGUUAUUUUGUCAAUUUUUCAAUUUGUUAAAAACAUGUAAUAAACUUUUUUUUUCUUUGUUUUUUGUAACUCUAUUUUUCUCAAUUUUGAUUAUCUAUAUAUAAACUUUUUAUGGAAAUAUAAAUAUUUAUGGUGUGAAUAUUCUCUGUAUGUUUAUGUUAAUUUGUAUAUAUAUAUUCAUUCGUAUGUUAAGGUUAAUUAACAAGAAUUCGUUAAUUAUUCAUUAUUUUGCAUGUAAGUUGAGUCUCUAUUCACUUUAAUAUAGUUUGUUUUUGUUUUCUAAAAUCAAUACGAAUACUAACUCAGCUUACUAAUGAGUAGUAUUAAACAAUAUGAAAUUUUUAUUCUUAACUAAAAGAUAUUUAACAUAAGAAUAAGUAAAGAAUCAAGUUAAUAUGGUUUACAUUCAAUUAACAUUUCUUAGUAUCUUCAAUAAAGAUUGAAUAAGGUAUUGAAUAUAAACGAUCAUUGUUAGUAAUUGUGUUCAUUUUGCAGUUAAAUUACAUUAACGUAUACAUUAUUUGCUAUUUUUUAUUUAUAAAAUUAAUAUUACAUGGAUAUAUUGACAGGUAAUACAUGUAACAUUUACAGUGGCUUAUUAAUAGUGUGCAUUUUUUUCAGAUACGUUGG